AUGGCCGGAAAAGGAGAAGGGCCAGCGAUCGGGAUCGAUCUAGGCACAACAUACUCAUGCGUCGGCGUAUGGCAACAUGACAGAGUUGAAAUCAUAGCUAAUGAUCAAGGCAACAGAACGACUCCGUCUUAUGUUGCUUUCACUGAUACAGAGCGUUUGAUUGGCGAUGCUGCUAAAAACCAGGUCGCGAUGAACCCGAUCAACACCGUUUUUGGUAAGUACAUUGAUUCAAAACUUUUUACAACUACAUUGUUAAGUUAA